AAACCCUAAAUGUUAAAAAAAAAAAUAAAAAAAAUCCCCAAAACCCUAAAACAACACGCAUUAUCAUCAUCAUCGUUGUAUUGCACGAAACAGAAGUUCAAGUCUCACUGAAAUCAACAAAAUUGUUUCCUCUUUAGAACUACUGAAUGGGUAAAUUAGGGAAGAAAGCACGAAAAUUUGCAAAGAAAAAUCUACAAUCAGUUCUAAGAAACCAAAGAAAAUUGAAAUCUAAGUUCAAAAGAAAAGCUUCAAAAGGGGAAAAUCACGAUGUUGAAGAAAUUGAAGAUGUUGAAGCUGUUACAAAUCCUUCAAACACUGUUGUUGAAGAAAUUGUAGAUAUAUCACUUGAUAAUGUGUUUAGUGAUAAUGAAAAUGAGGUGGUUGGUGAUGAUUCAGAUAGUGAUGGGUUUCUUUCAGAGGACUCAAGCUGUGCACAUGUAACUGGAAGUGAUGAUGAAAACGAAAAUGAUAUUGAGAAUGGCAAUGGUGGUAGUUCAUUAUCAGUCCAAAACAGGGAAAUUUUUGCAGAACUUUUGAAGAAAGAAAAGAGGUUGAACAAAUUGAAAAAAAAGUUUCCAAGGUUUUCUAAAUUUCUGGAAAGUCAUGAUGUAGGCACUGGACAAGAUUCAGAUGAAGAAACUGAUUCAGAUAAUGAAAGAUUAGAUAGAGAGCUUGAUGACAAUGCAGGUACUCGGGUGGGUAAAAUAUUGACAAGUGCAUCUGUUGAGUCUUUGUGUAAACUGGUCAAAGAACAACAUAGUCUGCCUUCCCUCACUUGUCUCAUAAAUGCUUAUAGGGCGGCAUGCCACAGUGAUUCUGAAACAACCAGUGUCAGUGGUAGUGUCUUAUCCAGCGGCAUUCAGAUGAGUAAAUCUUUCUGCACAAUAUUAAUGUUCAUGCUGCAUGAGGCUGAUACUAUGUUUAGGAUAUUAAUGGGAAUAUCAAGCUCAAGUUCAAAGAAGGAAGCUGUUUUGGAUUCAAAGAAUAAAGCUAAAUGGUUAUCUCUUAGGCCACUUAUUAAGUCAUACUUAAGGAGUACUGUGUUUCUCCUGAACCAGAUCACUGACUCUGAGAUAUUAGCGUUCACAAUUUGUCGACUCAGAGCUUCAAUAAUUUUUCUGUCUGCAUUUCCAUCUUUAGUGCACAAGCUUCUCAAGAUUUGUGUUGAUCUCUGGGCCACAGGUGAUAGAUCUCUGUCAUCACACUCAUUUCUUAUGAUACGAGAUAUUGCAUCUGUGUGUACCUCGAAUAUGUUAGACGUCUGCUUUGUCAAAACAUAUAAAGCCUUCAUCAGUCGCUCUCCAUCUGAACAUACACAUUUUCUAAGGAACUCCUUUGUGGAGCUAUGUUGUUUAGAUGUGCAGAAGUCGUCAAAUAAAGCAAUGAUAUGCAUAAGGCGUCUAGGUGAGAUAUUGCUCAAGGGGUGGCAAACAAAAAAGAAGGAGGUGGUUGAUAAAAUUUGUAGUUGGCAGUACAUCAAUUGCAUUGAUCUCUGGGUUUCAUUUAUAUCAGAAAACAUACACGACUAUGAUCUUCAGCCAUUGCUGUAUAUGCUUGCUCAAAUUAUAAAUGGAGUUGUUCUCCUCUUUCCUGGGCCUAGAUAUUUGCCACUGAGACUCAGAUGUAUCCAGUGGCUUAAUCGUCUUGCUGGAUCUAGUGGUGUUUUCAUCCCGGUUACAUCAUUAGUGAUGAAUUUUCUAGAAUACAAUAUUACCAAGGAUGGUGGGAAACCUGGCAAAGUGUUUGAAUUUGAACCUUUGUCUACCAUAAAGCUUCCAAAGCAAUGGUUAAAAUCACGUGAGUUUCAACAAGAGUGUGUCUCAUCUACCAUUGAACUCCUUUCAGAGCACUUUGCACAAUGGAGCUACCAUGUAUCUUUUCCCGAACUUGCAACAGCUCCACUUGUCUACCUAAAGAAGAUAGUUGAGAAGACCUCUAAUGAGAAUUUCAAACGAGUUAUCAAGCGUUUCAUUGAUCAGGUGGAGUUGAAUAUUGACUUUGUGCAAAAGAAAAGAGACGAUGCGCCUUUCUCCCCAAAUGAUCAGCAGUCUGUUGAAUUGUUUCUUCAGGCCGAGAAACGUAGCGGUAAUAAUCCAUUUACUCAAUACUACAAGAGCAUCAUGCGCAAAGCUGUUUCUAGGAAAACGAUUACAAAGAGGAAGUCUCCGGGCAAAGGAAAGAAGAAGAGAAUGCAACAUUCAAAUGGCGUUGUUGAUGGCAACCCUACUGAUUCUUUGAAGAAGCAGAAAAUAAAGCAUCCAAAUGGCGUUGUUGAUGGCAAUGUUGCUGAUUCUGGAAAGAAUUAACGCUUCUUGCUUUCAUGAUUUGGUUCUUGGGGUUGAAGAAAACAGAUAUUACGUUCUUGUACACUUUGUUGUACCUUACUUUUGGUCUGAAAUUUAACAGCAUUGCAGAUGAAUUUUGUUUCGCUCGUUGGACCUGAUGAGCAUCAAUUUUGAAAUAUUUAUUCCAGAGUCCUUAGGUUUUAUUUUAAAGGAAAUGUAAUGUAAGAGAUUGAAAUUUUGUAACUUAUUCGGAGAUUCCAAAUAUUGUGUGGCCAUGGAUA